GAGACAUUAGACAAUCACAGUUAUCGGAGAGAGGAAUCCAAACAGUCCCUUACUCCUCUAACCGAAAGAAACCAAGCCCUAGAAAUUGAGAAAUUGAGCACCUUUCCCCUCAUGAAAUGGGACAUGGAGCUGGACGAUAUCGAAGCCAUCCUCGAGAAGAUCUGGGACCUCCACGACAAGCUGAGCGACGCCAUCCACUCGAUCUCGCGCUCUCACUUCCUCAACUCCGUCAAAGCCCUGAAAAAGCCGUCAGAGAAGAAGAACAGGCCCUAUGGUACCAACAAUACCAGCAACCUAAACGACGCCGUUGAGGAAAACGGCCGGGCCGGGUUCGUUUUCGUCAAGGAUUUCCGGGGCUCCGACGACGACGACAAUUCCGCCAUUCAGGAGGCCAAGAGCCUCAACGCGAUUCGGACCGCGCUCGAGAACCUCGAGGACCAGCUCGAGUUUUUCCACACUGUUCAAAUGCAGCAGCGGGCAGAGAGAGAUGCUGCAAUUGCCCGAUUAGAACAAAGUCGAAUUGUUCUUUCAAUGAGAUUGGCUGACCAUCACGGUAAGAAGUACAAAGUCAUUGAAGAAGCUCUGGCCUUUGUGGGAGAUGUACGUGAUGCAGGCCACUUCGUUUCACCUGAAAAUCUAUACGGUCCACCGUACAGUCCAUCUGGUGAGAAAUUUGUUACCCAUGAAGGGAAGAGCUCUAACAUAGUGAUCAAAGCUCUCAUUUCAAGUUUUGAUUUCGCAAAGAAAUCCCUUAAAUUGGAUCACAUGGGUGGGAUACUGGGCAAUGCUGCUUUGGUAGCAGUUAGCAUGCUUGCAUGGCUGCAUCUGCAUCAGGUUGCUUAUAGAGAGCAUCCACAGAAGCGAGAAGAUAAUCUCUACAGCAACAGAAAUAUGAGGCAAACUUCAUUGCUGGAGGAUUCUUCAUCAAAUAGUCGUUUGAGCCAGUUGGAUGUGUUGGCAGGCAGGGGUUGAGGUGCAAAUUGAAUUCUACAACAAUUGGUCAAAUGAUGUGAGGCCAUGCUUUUAUGACUUAUGAUUUGUUGUUUUUAAGCCAUCUCGCAUGAAAGCUUAGAAGGGUUUGGCUAUCUAGUUAGGAUAAUCGUGUGCAAUUUGUAGAGUGUCAUAGUCGUUUGCAUUUUUUUGGCCCUUUUCCACGAGUUUUUUUUGAAUUCAUUGUGUAUAUAUUAUUCCGACUUCUGGCUGAGGUAAUCUGUACGUGGAUGCCUUCUCUUGCGGUUUC